AUGCUGCUUCGCCUGCAACAGAAGCCCUUCUUCUUCUUCUUGUUGAGCUUCACAAUCUGGUCAUGGUGGACGCUUGACGGCGUCGUUUCAGAGCCUCAGACGAUUUUUGUGAGGAUAGGGUGCAGCCAAAUCAACGUCAGCGAUGUGUCCAUCUUCCAGAACAACCUAAACGCAACGUUUCGAGACAUGAGAGCGCAGAUCAGCAACCAAAGCAAACACUUCACCACGGCGGAGGUAGUAAAGGGUGACAACCCCACUUAUGGGCUUUUUCAAUGCAGAAACUACCUCUCCAUUGCCGACUGUCUCUCUUGCUUCGACUUCGCCGCCGUCCAGAUACGCAACUGCUCUGCCUCCGUCGACGGUGCCCAAAUCAUAUACGACGGCUGCUUGCUCCGGUACGAGAGCAAUACCUUCUUUAACCAGUCCACAGACGCAGGAAACAACAUUUAUUGUGGGAAUGAAACAAGAAAUUCAACUGAACUUGCUUCAACUGUGCAACAAGUGAUAAAGAAUCUGGAAAUAGCCACUCCAAGAAUCAAUGGAGAUGCAAGCACGAAGAAGGCCAUUAUUGGUGGAGUCGUGGGAGGAGUAUCUACUAUUUUGAUUAUCCUUGCAUUAUUUGCUUUGUAUAUUCGAGCAAAAUCAUCCAAGACGGUUCCUACAGGUGAUAUUUUGGAAGCAACUGAGUUAAAAGGCCCGGUCAAUUACAGGUAUAAAGAUCUAAAGUCAGCGACAAAAAAUUUCAGUGAAAAAAAUAAACUAGGAGAACAAGCCUUUGGUGAUGUAUACAAGGGUACUCUGAAAAAUGGAAAAGUAGUUGCUAUCAAGAAAUUGGUUUUAGGCCAAUCCAAACAGACAGAGAAAGAAUUUGUGAGUGAAGUGAAGUUGAUAAGUAAUAUUCAUCAUCGAAAUAUUGUUCGGCUUCUGGGAUGUUGCAAUAAAGGCCAAGAGAGAUUUCUUGUCUAUGAAUACAUGAAAAACAAAAAUGUUGGCCAAUUCUUAUAUGGUGAAAAUAAAGGUUCUCUUAAUUGGGCACAACGUUAUGGAAUAAUUUUGGGCACUGCAAGAGGCUUGGCAUAUCUUCAUGAGGAAUUUCAUAUUUGUAUCAUACAUAGAGAUGUAAAAACUAGCAACAUUCUCUUGGGUGAUGAUUUUCAGCCUAAAAUUUCUGAUUUUGGAUUGGCAAAGCUUUUGCCAAGAGACCAAUCUCGUCUCAAUGAACCAUUUGCUGGAACAAUGGGAUACGUGGCACCUGAAUAUGCAAUGCAUGGACAAUUAUCAAAAAAAGUUGAUACUUCUAGCUAUGGUGUUGUUGUCCUAGAAAUCAUAAGUGGAGAAAAAAGUAAUUCAUUGAAGGUUGAUGAUAGUGGUGAAUAUCUCCUUCAAAAAGCUUGGAAACUAUAUGAGAGAGGAAUGCAUAUAGAGUUUGUGGACGAAACCUUAGACACAAAGGAGUAUCAUGUAGAGGAAGUCAAGAAAAUCAUAGAGAUUGGGUUGCUUUGCACACAAGCAUCUCCUGUAGCAAGGCCAAAAAUGUCUCAAAUUGUUAGAAUGCUCAAAAGAAAGAGCUUAAUGGAGCAUGACCUGCCUACUAUGCCUAUUUAUGUGCAUCCUAGAUUUGGAUCCAGAAGAGAAACCUUGGUGAAUAAUGGUUCAUCUUCAUCAAAUGCUACUAUGUCCACUUCCACUCUAUCAGGAAGGUGA